AUGACAUAUCCAAUCCUACCGGACAAGUUACUCCUAAUCUCCCUGAAGAUGUACUUCACCCCAGACCGCACCCAAUCCUACCUCCGCGAGCUCCUCAACCCAGCCAAUGAAAUAGUCCACCCCGCAAACCGGAAUACCCUCCUCUUAGCCCUCAUCCCCGACUUUCUCACCAUCUACCCAUGCUCCCAAAUCAUCAAGGAGUAUGAAUCCACCCUCGCAGCCACCGGCAUCUCCCCAACCCCACCACCAUUCCUCCUAGGCGCCCAAGACUGCUUCUGGGAGUCCACAGGCGCCUACACCGGUGAAGUAUCACCGGCCUCCAUCCGCGCCCUGGGCUGCUCUAUCGUAGAGCUCGGCCAUGCUGAGCGCCGCGCCAUCUUCCACGAAUCAGACGCCGAGACCGCCCGCAAGGCCGCCGCCGUCUGCGCAAAUGGAAUGGUGCCCCUCGUCUGCAUCGGCGAGAUCACUGCCCCGGGUCCUGUGGCCUCCCAUGCUGUCGGUACCGCGGUCGCCGAGUGCGCUGUGUUAGCGCGCGCCGUGCUCGCGGCUAUUCCUGCCGAUGCGCCGGUCAUCUUCGCCUACGAGCCUGUUUGGGCUAUUGGGAAACCGCAACCUGCGGGCGUGGACCAUGUCGCGGCCGUCGUGGGGGGGAUUAGGGCGAACAUUGGGGAGCGGUCGGGGGCGGUGCGGGUGUUGUAUGGGGGUAGUGCGGGGCCUGGGCUGUGGGGGGCCGGGGGGGCUUGGAAAGGCUGUCGAUGGAAUGUUCUUGGGCAGGUUUGCGCAUGA